ACCUACAAUUAAAAUCUCUUGAUUCUUUGGAUAUUACAACAAAAUUGAUGGUUAAGAAUACUCUUAGGGAUUUAUAUGAAGAUGAUAAGGUUUUGAAAGAAAGACAAAAGGAGAAAGAGAAGAGUAUGAAGUUCUGA